GACCCGCCCCAGGCGCGGCGGGAGCCGGCCGCUCAGCUUCGUGCAUGGCGCGGUCUGGGCUGCGGCCCCUCGCCUCUGCCCUGCUCCGCUGUGGCCUGCUCACAGCAGCGCUCUUCUCGGACGGGCUGCAUGCGGAGGCGGGGGCACCCGUGGCCGGGGCCCACCCGGGCCCGGCCAAUGAGUCCUGCUCAGGGACUUCGGACUGCAAGGAGGGUGUCAUCCUGCCCAUCUGGUACCCGGAGAACCCAUCCCUGGGUGACAAGAUUGCCCGGGUCAUAGUGUACUUCGUGGCCCUGAUCUACAUGUUCCUUGGGGUCUCCAUCAUUGCGGACCGCUUCAUGGCCUCUAUCGAGGUCAUCACGUCCCAGGAGAGGGAGGUGACCGUCCGGAAGCCCAACGGGGAGACCGGCACCGCCACCAUCCGUGUGUGGAAUGAGACAGUCUCCAACCUGACUCUGAUGGCCCUGGGCUCCUCAGCCCCAGAGAUCCUCCUGUCUCUGAUUGAGGUGUGUGGCCACGGGUUUGCGGCUGGUGACCUGGGCCCGUCCACCAUCGUGGGCAGCGCCGCCUUUAACAUGUUUGUCAUUGUGGGCAUCUGCGUCUACGUGAUCCCCGAGGGGGAGGCCCGGAGGAUCAAGCACCUGCGGGUCUUCUUUGUCACAGCUGCCUGGAGCGUCUUCGCCUACGUGUGGCUCUACAUGAUCCUGGCUGUCUUCUCGCCGGGGGUGGUCCAGGUGUGGGAGGGCCUGCUCACCCUGUUCUUCUUCCCCGUCUGCGUCCUGCUGGCCUGGGCGGCCGAUCGCCGACUCCUCUUCCCCAGGUAUGCGCCCAAGAGGUACCGGGCGGACAAACACCGGGGCAUCGUCAUCGAGACGGAGGGCGGCCCCCCUAAGGGCAUCGAGAUGGACGGCAAGGUGGCCAACGAUGCCCAUUUCCCGGGUGGGAGCCCGGGCCCCGUCGAUGGUCGGGAGGCAGACCGGUCCCGCCGGGAGAUGAUCCACAUUCUCAAGGACCUGAAGCAGAAGCACCCAGACAAGGACUUGGACCAGCUGGUGGAGCUGGCCAACUACCACGCCUUGUCCCAGCAGCAGAAGAGCCGGGCCUUCUACCGCAUCCAGGCCACCCGGCUGAUGACUGGGGCCGGGAACGUCCUGAAGAAGCACGCAGCCGAGCAGGCCAAGAAGGCCUCUGGCCUGAGCGAGGUGCGCCCUGAGGAACCCGAGGACUCCAAGGUCUCCAAGGUCUUCUUCGACCCAUGCUCCUACCAGUGCCUGGAGAACUGUGGGGCCGUGCUCCUGACUGUCGUCCGGCGCGGGGGCGACCCCUCUGAGACUCUGUACGUGGACUACAAGACUGAGGACGGCUCGGCCAACGCCGGGGCCGACUACGAGUUCACUGAGGGCACAGUGGUCCUGAAGCCCGGGGAGACGCGCAAGGAGUUCUCCGUGGGCAUCAUCGACGACGAUAUCUUCGAAGAGGACGAGCACUUCUUCGUCAGGCUCAGCAAUGUCCGCCUGGCCGAGGAGGCCCCGGGGGAUGGCCCGCCCCCGGCUCCGCGGGCCGCCCUGGCCUCGCCCUGCACAGCCACCGUCACCAUCCUGGAUGAUGACCACGCUGGCAUCUUCACAUUUGAGCGUGAUCUCAUCCGUGUCAGCGAGAGCGUUGGUGUCAUGAACGUCCAGGUCCUUCGCACCUCGGGUGCCCGGGGCACGGUCCUCGUCCCCUUUAGGACGCUGGAGGGCUCGGCCAAAGGCGGCGGCCAGGACUUCGAAGACGCCUAUGGAGAGCUGGAGUUCAAGAACGACGAAACCGUCAAAACAAUUCACAUCCAGGUAAUUGAUGAUGAGGAGUAUGAGAAAAACAAGAAUUACUUCAUUGAGCUGAUGGUCCCACGCAUGGUGGAUAUGAGUUUACAGAAAGCGCUCCUGUUGUCUCCAGACGUGGCCGACAGGAAGCUGACCACGGAAGAGGAGGAGGCGAAGAGGAUAGCAGAGAUGGGGAAGCCAGUGUUGGGCGAGCACCCCAAGCUAGAAGUUAUCAUCGAAGAGUCCUAUGAGUUCAAGAGUACAGUGGACAAGUUGAUUAAGAAGACCAACUUGGCUCUGGUGGUAGGCACCCAUUCUUGGCGAGACCAGUUCAUGGAAGCCAUUACCGUCAGUGCAGCAGGCGACGAGGACGAAGACGAGUCAGGCGAGGAGAGGCUCCCAUCCUGUUUUGACUACGUCAUGCACUUUCUGACGGUCUUCUGGAAGGUGCUGUUUGCCUGCGUGCCACCCACCGAGUACUGCCACGGCUGGGCCUGCUUCGUCGUCUCCAUCCUCAUCAUCGGCAUGCUCACCGCCAUCAUCGGUGACCUGGCCUCCCACUUUGGCUGCACCAUCGGCCUCAAGGAUUCAGUCACGGCCGUUGUCUUCGUGGCCUUUGGCACCUCCGUACCAGACACGUUUGCCAGCAAGGCAGCCGCCAUCCAGGACGUCUACGCGGACGCUUCCAUAGGCAACGUGACGGGCAGCAACGCGGUCAACGUCUUCCUGGGCAUCGGGCUGGCCUGGUCCGUGGCCGCCAUCUACUGGGCCCUCCGGGGUCAGGAGUUCCGCGUCUCGGCCGGGACCCUGGCCUUCUCGGUCACCCUGUUCACCAUCUUUGCGUUCGUCUGCAUCAGCGUGCUUCUGUACCGGCGGAGGCCCCGGCUAGGCGGAGAGCUGGGGGGCCCCCGGGGUUGCCGGCUGGCCACGACCGUCCUCUUCGUCAGCCUGUGGCUCUUGUACAUUCUCUUCGCCACCCUGGAGGCGUAUUGCUACAUCAAAGGCUUCUGAGCUCCAGGGGCAGGGCAGGUGGAGAGGGCCAGUGGCCGGCAAGCCCACUGGCUAUGUUCCCGGAGCGCGCUAUCCAGGUGUCCUGCCAGAGUGGGCAUCAAACUUCCAAUGCCCAGGGGCCCGGCUUCAGCUCGGAGCUUGAGCCGGCCCAGCCCUCAGGCCUGCUCGGGGGCCAGAAGGCAAGGACAUAGCCGGUGAAACAGGGACCAUGACAACCCCACAGUCUACACGUAUUUAAAAAUAAACUGACUGUAGCAAUGGACUCGACCUCUGGCCCUCCUCCCACAUGGCCAGCACAGCCCCCUCAUAGAUGCCUAACUCCCAGCUCUUCUGGCUUGGUCCCUCCCUCCCUCUGGGGUUAGGGGAGUUUAUGGGCCUGGACUGGUUCAGUCCCAGCUGGCAUAGUGGGGAAAUGAGUUAACUUUAGGGGCGGUUGGCUCGCAGAGGUGUUUUAAUCAUUAUUAUAAAGUCUUCUUGUUUUUUGUUCUUUUUCUUUUCUUUUGAGGAGUUGGCCUCUUUUUUCCCCUUUUUUUUUCUUUUAUAAUCACCCUGAAAUGGAGAAACUAAAGCUGGGAUUGACAGCAAAGCAAGGUUUGGGCUGUCACCUGUAUUCGCACGGAAACAAAAUGGUAUCUGCCCAUCAUCUCUUUCCCUGUUUCCUUUCUGCCUGAGCCCAGUUCAGAAGUGAUCAUGUUUCAGGCAGACACAAACACAUGCACACACAGAAAUACAAAUGCACGCUCGCACAGACACGGAAAAUAAACUUUGGAAGAUUCCUGGAAAGCAAUGUUCUUCUCUUCACCUGCCUAAGCCAAAAAAAUAAAACAAAACAAAACAAAAAACCACUUUGAAAUGAUAACCUAGCCUGUACAUUUUCAAUACGUCAUUGUUUUGUGUGUCAAUUACUGAAUGUUCAUGACACAUGGAUAACUAUUUUUUUAAGGGAAGACAAGUCCAUACCAGUAAUUUGAGUUUGAUGUUCUCACGACCUGGUGCUCCAAGGAAACAUGACUUCUCUGCCAUUCUAAUUUGAGGGACUCUCUUCAAAAGAAACCUCCUUGAAUUUCUUUGCCACCAACCCUAGGGGCUUGAGGGUCCACAAGAGAGCUCCUUUAUCUCCCUCUUGCCUCCCAUCUCUUUCCUCUGGUUUAGUUUUUCUGUACCGCUAAAGGGAUGUGUCUCUCUCUGGUGACAUUGUCCACCUAUAGACCAGAUGUGCUUGAAUCCCCCAGAGUCACCCAACUUCCUACAUCCUGAAGGGAACCCCCAAGUCUGUGGGAGCUUUAUCCCAUUUCCAUCUGUGUCCCUCCUCUGCCACCCCAAUUCCCCAGAGGCCCCGGCCUGGCAGGAAUGUGAGAGAGAAGUGGGUCUAGCAAGAUCACCACCAUAAAACCGCCACCAAACUUCAGGCUUUCCACAUUGAAGUAAGGACAUUAAAAAAAAGAGAAAGAAAUCAAAGCACCCACUUACUUUUAAAUACAUUUUUUUAAGAUAAAAAGAAAAGGGUUUUACAUCAUAAGCUACAUCAGCAGUUGCUGUUUGAAAUGUUGGGUUGAUUAAAAAAAUUAAAAAAUAAAAGCUAUACUUAUAUCUCUA